GCGGCCGGGGGAGGGGCGAGAGAUGCAUAUGUAUUUCGGGCUCCCCAGCACACCCCCUUCCCUCCCAGCGAUGGCUGAGGCGGUGCAGGCAGACGGGGACGCCACCGGUCCCCCAGCGCACCCCCCAAGCAGAGACUGGGCUUCCUGUCGUUUUACCAUGCACUUGUUGCAGAAACAGCCAAGGCCCCGGCCCCGGAGGAUGCGGAAGGAGGAAGGCAGCAGAGCAGUCCGGCCCUGAACACACCACACUCGCCUCCUGCAACAGGUCUCCUCUUCCCACCUGACAGCAGCAUGACAGCAGCAUGACCCGGCGGCCACAGAAGUCCCCAGAGCCAGGCCCCCCGCUCAGCCGCCUGCUGCCCCAGUCCAGGUGUGUGCAGCCUCUUCUCACCGUGGUGGUGUUUGGUCUGGACCUCAGCCCGGGUGAGGAUGUAAAACCCCCCGCUCUGCACAUGCGUGGUCCAGGCCAGCAGGAACCCCCGGCCUCAGCCACCCUCACAGCCAUGUCAGCCGUGGAGUAGCGCGGACGUCUCCUCUCAGCUUCUCAGGGUUUCAGUCUUUCCGGGUUUUCUUCAUUUACCUUUUUUUAUGGUUUUGUGGCUGGACACUGACAACCAAGUCAGGCACCAUGGGGGAUCAGCAGUUGUACAAGAGCAACCACGUGGCCCAUGGUGGUGAGAACCUUUUCUACCAACAGCCACCCCUUGGUGUCCACAGCGGGCUGAACCACAACUAUGGGAACUCAGUCACGGGGGGCGGAAUGGACGCCACUCAAGCUUCGCCCAUUUCCCCCCACUUCCCCCAAGAUACUCGGGAUGGUCUGAGCUUGCCUGUUGGCUCCAAAAACCUUGGCCAGCUAGAUACCUCGAGACAGGGAGGGUGGGGAGGCCACGCAGGGCCUGGCAACCAUGUCCAGCUACGUGGCAACCUGACCAACUCCAACAUGAUGUGGGGGGCUCCGGCCCAGGUGGAGCCUGCUGAUGGCUAUCAGUACACCUACUCCCAGGCCAGCGAGAUCCGGACCCAGAAGCUCACCAGCGGCGUCUUACACAAGCUGGACUCCUUCACCCAGGUGUUUGCCAACCAAAACCUGCGAAUCCAGGUCAAUAACAUGGCCCAGGUGCUGCAUACCCAGUCGGCAAUGAUGGACGGAGCUCCUGACAGUGCCCUCCGCCAGCUGCUGUCUCAGAAGCCCAUGGAGACCCCAGCGCCGGCUCUGCCAUCCCGGUACCAGCAGGUGCCGCAGCAGCCUCACCCUGGUUUCACAGGCGGGCUAUCCAAGCCAGCCCUGCAGGUCGGGCAGCACCCUGCCCAAGGGCACCUGUAUUACGACUACCAGCAGCCCCUGGCCCAGCUGCCCAUGCAGGGAGGACAGCCGCUGCAGGGCCCCCCGGUGCUGUCCCAGCCCAUGCCGCAGAUGCAGCACCAGUAUUAUCCACAGCAGCCGCAGCAGCCAGUGGGGCAGCAGCGUCUCUCCGUGCAAGAAAUGCAGCCGCAGCCUCCGCAGCAGCAGACCCGCCCGCCUCAGCCUCAGCAGCAGCCGCGGCAAGUUCCGAUGCAGAUACCUCAGUAUUAUCAGCCCCAGCCCAUGAUGCAGCACUUGCAAGAGCAGCAGCAGCCAUCGAUGCACCUGCAGCCCCCUUCUUAUCACAGGGACCCCCACCAGUACACCCCAGAGCAGGCACACGCCGUCCAGCUGAUUCAGCUGGGCUCCAUGGCUCCCUACUACUACCAGGAGCCCCAGCAGGCCUACAGCCACCCCCUCUACCAGCAGAGCCACCUGCCCCAGCACCAGCCACGUGAGGACAGCCAGCUGAAGACUUAUUCCAGCGACAGGCAGGCCCCAGCCCUGCUGAGCUCCCAGGGGGACCUGGCAACUCCUGAUACAGGAAUGGGAGACCCGGCCAGCUCAGACCCAACCCGGGUUGGCAGUGCUCUCCCCCACCGACCGCUCCUGUCCCCCACGAGUGGGAUUCACCUCAACAGCACAGGCCCUCAGCAUCCACAGCCGUCUCCCAGUGCCACGUGGCCUCAGAUGCACCUACCUGAUGGGAGAGCCCAGCCAGCGUCUCCCGAGUCAAGUGGCCAACCCAAAGGGAUGUUCGGGGAGCCGUUCGACGCCAAGAACAAGCUGACGUGCCCCAUCUGCCUGAAGGAGUUCAAGAGCCUACCCGCCCUGAAUGGCCACAUGCGGUCCCACGGGGGGAUGAGGGCCUCCCCGAGCCUCAAACAGGAGGAAGGAGAGAAGGCCCCGCUGCCUCAGCCCCUGCCGCCUCCGCCUCCUCCUCCGCCUCCGCCGCCGCAGCCGCAGCCGCAGCCGCAGCCGCAGCUCCCUCCCGAGGCGGAAAGCCUCACGCCUAUGGUCAUGCCCGUGUCUGUCCCUGUCAAGCUUCUCCCGCCCAAGCCCAGCUCUCAGGGGUUCACCAACAGCGUUGCUGCCGCCCCCUCCGCCAGAGACAAGCCCACCAGCUCCGUGUCGGACGACGAGAUGCCUGUGCUCGUGAGGAUGACUCUCUCUCCCCCACACUCCCCCCAAGGGGCUGCCCCCCGUGCUCCCACUGACGCGCCCCGGAGGCGGGCCCGUGCGCGCCCCCCGCCCUGCCGCGCACCCCGCUCACGCCCACGCCGCGCGUGCUGCUCUGCCGUCUCAACAGCAUUGAUGGCAACAACAUGACGGUCACCCCAGGGCCCGGAGAACAGACUGUGGAUGUUGAACCACGCAUUAACAUUGGCUUGAGAUUCCAAGCCGAGAUCCCAGAACUCCAGGAUGUCUCUGCCCUGGCCCAGGACAUACACAAAGCCACACUAGUAUGGAAACCCUUACCAGAGCUGGAAAAUCAAGAGCUCCAGCAACAAGUGGAGAAUCUUCUAAAUUUGUGCUGUUCAAGUGCAUUGCCAGGUGGAGGAACCAAUUCUGAAUUUGCCUUGCACUCUCUCUUUGAGGCCAGAGGUGAUGUGAUGGCAACUCUGGAAAUGCUGCUGCUGGAGAAGCCAGUCAGGUUAAAAGGUCAUCCUUUAGCAAAUUACCACUAUGCCGGUUCAGACAAGUGGACCUCCCUAGAAAGAAAACUGUUUAAUAAAGCACUAGCCACUUACAACAAAGACUUUAUUUUUGUACAGAAGAUGGUGAAGUCGAAGACAGUGGCUCAGUGCGUGGAGUACUACUACACAUGGAAGAAGAUAAUGCGGUUAGGGCGAAAACACCGGACACGCCUGGCAGAAAUCAUUGAAGACUGCAUGACGAGUGAAGAGGAAGAAGAGUUAGAGGAGGAAGAGGAGGACCCGGAAGAAGAUAGGAAAUCCACAAAAGAAGAGGAGAGCGAAGUGCAGAAGUCCCCGGAGCCUCCGCCAGUGCCUGUCCUGGCUCCCACCGAGGGGCUGUCCCUGCAGGCCCCUGGCCAGCCUUCGGGCGCCUUCAUCUGCGAAAUGCCCAACUGUGGGGCUGUGUUCAGCUCCCGGCAGGCACUGAACGGCCAUGCCCGCAUUCACGGUGGCACCAACCAGGUGACCAAGACCCGGGGAGCUGUCCCCUCUGGGAAGCAGAAGCCAGGGGGCACCCAGAGCGGGUAUUGCUCAGUAAAGAGCUCACCCUCUCACAGCACCACCAGCGGCGAGACAGACCCCACCACCAUCUUCCCCUGCAAGGAGUGUGGCAAGGUCUUCUUCAAGAUCAAAAGCCGAAACGCACACAUGAAAACUCACAGGCAGCAGGAGGAGCAGCAGAGGCAGAAGGCUCAGAAGGCAGCUUUUGCGGUCGAAAUGGCAGCCACCAUCGAGAGGACUACGGAGCCGGUGGGGGCCCAGAGGCUGCUGCCCCUGGGCCAGCUGAGCUUGAUCAAACCCAUCAAGGACGUGGACAUCCUCGACGACGACGUGGUCCAGCAGUUCGGAGGCGUCAUGGAGGAGGCUGAGGUCGUGGACACCAAUCUGCUCUUGGAUGACCAAGACUCAGCAUUGCUUCACGGUGACACGGAACUCUAAAGCCCCGCUGGCUGCUUCCAGGCGGUGAGAACCCACAGCCUCCCUCGUCAUGAAUCAGGAAACCUGGACUGCCCACUUGUUUUGUAAACCCUUUUAAACUACCUGUUUAAAAAGUGGUCAUUUUAUUCAGGUUUAGGAAAAAAAAUCCAGUUUCUUCUCCUUUUUUUUUUUAAAUUGUUUUUGUUGAGGGUUGGGGGGGAAUAAAUAAUUGGCACAACUAUCUUCUAAGAGGUGUUUCGUCUGGGCUACACCCUCAUGAGACGAUCGGCGCUCCCCGUGGGGAGUGACCCUCACAUUCCUGAUCCACUGCUCUCAGAUGGUGGCCGUCUCGGUUGCCUUCCAUCGCAAAGCUUGCUGGGAGCGAGUACGUGUGUGUGUAUACGUGAGGCAGGCAGCCGUCUUCUUGCUGGGGCCUGGGUCGUCUUUCCCAUCUGGUGUUACUUUUAUUCUGUUCUGACCCACCGGGAAGUGUUCCUUGUCCUGACAGAAUGGCUCAGAAGAGCCUGUUCUUUCGUUCACGCUCAGCGGAGGUCUGAAAUUACUCUGUGCCACUUGGACGUCCUUUGAAACCUCCUUCCCUGGGACUUUGCUAUCGCUCACACCUGGAGUGAAGUUUAUCCAGAGGCUAGCCACAAAGAAUGAGCGUUUUCUAGGACAUGAGGAUGGGAAAUUGCGUUGGGGCCAACAGAAAUGGUUUCAGAUACACUUUAGCUACCAUUUUGCAUUCAAACCACGAAUGUAUUCUCUCCAAGUCACUUGCCAAAGCAUUUCUAGAUGUCACUAAGCUGCUAAGCUACAUGACUUCGCUCUGCCACCUCCUGCCCCAGCGGCAGAGCUGCUGUUGGUACUUGAAGGCAAUAAACCUGUACUCCUUCAAAAAGGUCAUUGCCCAGGCUUCUGAACUGAGUCCAAUCGGCCCAUCCCACUGUUGGUGCAAAAGUCAGCCAGGGGCACGGCCCCGCACAGAAAGGACCCCACUCCUCAGCUCCCCGUCAGUGUCAGUGCUGUGUGGCACCCCCUCCCAGGCACCCUCGUUCUGAGGCCGACUCCUUCCCUGACACCAUGGCAGUGCUGCCGUCAUGCUGGGCCACUGCGCUUGCACAUGGACAGCCUGACAGGUCACAGCAGGGGCAAGGGCAGGACCUGGGCAUCCUUGGAAUUCAGCUCUGCGAGAGCAUUUAGCAUGCAGUCAUGGGGCCAGCUGUAGUCCAACACGGCCCAGGCAGUGGUUUCUGAAUCUCAGGGAAGCCACAGAGAGAAGAAAAAUAGAUUCACUCUGUUUCCAUUGUUUUGUUUUCAGAGAAGUUGUCUUGGAGAUUCCCUUCAUCUUUCCUUUAGGAAAAAAAAAAAAGUAGUUUGCUGCCAUUUCAACAGGUUGUUCUGUCUUUGUUGUACUGAGGUGGUUUUGAGUUCAGAACUACCUGGGCAUCGUGCACUGGCUUCCGGCGGAGCUAUUA